CAUUUCCUGUGUGAAAUGUGGGCUUCCACUGAUCAUUUCUCUGUCACUCCAACCUUUCUUCAUGGUAAGAUUGAAGAGCAUUAUUUAGGUGACACUCCAGAGAUGUGUUCUCCAGGCUUCGUGACUGUGGUUCUCUUCAUGCUUGGACAAACCCAUGGAGACUCAGUGACCCAGACGGAGGGCCCAGUGACCCUCUCAGAAGAAGCUUCCCUGACUAUAAACUGUACCUAUUCAACAACAGGGUCUGCCACUCUUUUCUGGUAUGUCCAAUAUCCUGGUGAGGGUCUACAGCUCCUACUCAAUGCCUUUAGUGAUAAGAAGAAAAGCAAGAAAGGAUUUGAAGCCACCUUCGACAGCAAAUCCAAAUCCUUCCACUUGGAGAAAGGCUCAGUGCAAGCGUCAGAUUCAGCUGUGUACUACUGUGCCAUGAGUGACACAUCUAAGCAGGUAUCUUCAUUUCUGACCAUCUCCAUUUCCUUCAUCAGGAAGCUUGGAAUGAAUGGGGUUGGAGGGGUGAGAGGGCUGGAGGUGGAGCAGAGCCCUUCAGCCCUGAGCCUCCAGGAGGGAGCCAGCUCUACUCUGAAGUGCAACUUUUCUAGCACUCCAGACAGUGUGCAGUGGUUCCAACAGAAUUCCGGAGGUGGUGGCCUCACUCGGCUGUUUUACGUAGCCUCGGGGAUGAAGCAGAGUGGAAGGCUAAAUUGCACAGUGAAUGUUAAGGAACGGUCCAGCACCCUUCACAUCACGGCCUCCCAGUUGGAAGACUCAGCCACCUACUUGUGUGCGGUAGAGGCACAGUGCUCCCUGGUGAUCUGCAGCCUGCACCUAAACUGCAGCUGA